AGCAUGAAUACCAAAAGGGGAAAAGGGACUACAUAAGCUUUACUCAUAUGAACAAAAGCGCACUAGCAACACUUCCCCUCGCCAAGGGGAAGGACAUUCAUAAUCGAGUCGCGAAGCUUGGCCUUUACAAGGAAUGUUUAGCACUGGCCUUUCUUAUCAAAGAUAAGCUCAUACAGGAACACACGCUGAACGAAAUCCGGACGAAGUGGCUCGAGCAUCGUGGAGAUGGUGGCUAUUCCCUUCAAGUUCAGAUUGCGAGCUGUUUGGAUCGAAUCGCGUAUGGACGAUUAUGCCAUACAAAAUCACGGCAGCGUUUGAUAACCGACGCGAGCACGCGGUACGAUUGGGGGGUGGUGAAUCCGAUGGAAAAUCACCAGCGGUUAAUUCAUCGACGUGAAGCUAAGAAAAGCCCGGAUGCGUCGAGCCAUGGGAGUGGGAAACGGGAUUUCGUGCCCAUGACGAACUGGGGAAUUGGAAACAUGGAUCCGGAGGCGGUGGCGAAGCAUAAGGAGUUAACGGAUCGGCAGCAUUUUAUGGGACCCCACUGGAGGAACCGUCCAAAACCGAUGGUGCUGGAGGAGCUGAGUUUUGAAGAGCAGGUGCACGUUCAAUUUCAGAAAAAACCCAAGAUGAGAAAAACGCCCAAGAAGCACUACUAGUAGAACGUGAGGGACGCAUUUUAGGUGAGGUAUUGCCAACCCCGCUUAAACACAAAGGAGAUCCGUAGUGAACAGAAGGGAAGAAAAUACAUUCAGAAAUUACAACAGAUACGCUUUCAAAA